AUGGCUACGGCGAGCAGCUCCGGGCAGAGCGCAUUCGGGCUCGGGAGGAAAAAGAAGAACCCUGGACUCAUGGAUCAGAUUAGCAAAUUCUUCGGGGGAGACAAAAAGAAGAGGAGCAAGGGGUCGUUCCGGGGUCACCACGCCUCCUCGCCCCAACAAUCCUCCGCUCGCCGCAAGACCAAUGAAAACGCUGUGGCGCAUUUCUUCAGGAGCAUUGUUUCCUCUCCUCGUCCUAAAUCCAGGUGGAGAGAUGUCUUGGGCUUGGCCUCGUCGCCGCGUGCCGAGGGCGCAAAGUCGCCGGUCAGGAGACGCAGAGACCAAAGCACACUGUCCAGAAUCUUCAACCUGGGAGAAACCAAGUCCCGUCCACCCCCCAAACGCUGGAGCACCAUCUUCUGA